UCAAACGCCCACCAAAACCCGGAAGUAGCUGCGCUAAUUUGUUUAUUUUACACGCAGCCGCCUUAGCGCCUCUGUGCCCUGUCCUGGGAGGCGGAGAGGAGAGGAGAGGAGCAGCAGCAGUAAUGGGGGCCAUCAUUUCCAGGUGGAAGGCAAAACCUUCCACGGUGGAACUUCUGGAGGACUUAGAUAAGGAAAUUAAGGACCUCGAGGAGUUCCGUGGGAAGAACCAGCGCAUGCAGAAGAUAUGGGUUGGCCGACUGCUCUUCUACUCGGCCGCUCUGUACCUGUUCACCUGUGUGUGUGUUUAUUACCUUUACCUGCCUGAAGAGUGGAGCGGCCGGUUCGUCACGGCUCUGCCUCUGAUCGCCUUCCCGGCACUUGUGUGGUUCGCACGCAAGCUGCUCAUCAUCCUCUUCUCCAAACGCACAGAAAGAAACAAUGAAAAAUUAGAGGAUUUAAAGUCAGAGAAAAGAAAAAUACUUGAAGAGGUGAUGGAAACUGAGACCUACAAAAAUGCCAAGUUGAUUCUGGAAAGAUUCGACCCGGAGUCAAAGAGCAAAGCGGAAGCAGAAGCUACUCCAGUAGCUCGACCCCAAAUGACUCCCAGACCCGGACAAGAGGUUCGACAGCGUCAUGUUGCCAUGGCCACGCCCGGGCCUGUGCCCCGCCCCCCACCACCUGGAGCCACGCCCCUCCGCACUGCCCCCGGUGGCCCUCCUGAGAGUACCCUCGGAACUCCAGUAUCAAGUCCGGCGCUGAGCAGCGGCAUGGAGACGCCACCACAGAUGAGGAGGAGUAUGAGCCCUUAUUCACCUGCGCUGGGAACAGGCAUGCACCCCCCAGGUCCGCCGAUGGCGCGACCCAUCCUCCCCCGAGAACGCAGUGCAGUGGACCGGGUCAUCGAGUACCUGGUGGGAGACGGACCACAAAACAGAUACGCUCUGAUUUGUCAGCAGUGUUUCUCUCAUAAUGGUAUGGCCUUGAAGGAGGAGUUUGAAUAUUUGGCCUUUCGCUGUGCCUACUGUUACUUCAUGAACCCAGCGAGGAAGACGCGGCCACAAGCCCCCAGACUCCCAGAGUUCAACUUUGAACGCCGCCUCCGCUCAGAGUCUCCCGACCCACAAUCCCCAGCGGCAUCAAACACUCCGGAGGAUAGCGACGCCCACGAAGAACGUUUAAUGUCAAGUCGUCGCCCUCAUUCCUCACUAGGUGUUACACCGUGGAGCAAAGUUCACAGUUUCAGCCGAGACCGCACAGAUGUAGAUGAUGUGGAACCUGCCGCCUGUGCUGACAAGCCAGAGCCGGAUGUAGACGACGCCCCGCCCACAAGCGACGGAGGAGAGGAUUUGCCCCUCCCAGAGGAAGGCCACGCCCCCUGUGAGGAAAAAGAAGCUCAGAGUUCAGCUGCAGCUCUGGAUGCUCCAAAUGCUACGUUUUGAAUGUUUUAAGCAGCUUUUAAUUUAUUUCCUCGUAUCUCUUCCGCUGAAAUGUAUUUGCACUAGUUUUUUUUUUUUUUUUUUUUUUGCCAAGUUCUUGUAUUACCUGAAAAGAAAAAAAAACUUGCACUCCUUUGAGCUUUGGUAUCUACUGUGUAUCGUAUUUAACGCAGUCUAACAAGCCAGUGGGAGGUUCUGAAGACCUGGAACUGUCUAAAUAGUGGAGAGUGUGUGUGUGUGUGUGUGUGUGUGUGUGUGUGUGUGUGUGUGUGUGUGUGUGUGUGUGUUAAAGAUCUGUGACAGUGUCGUUUCAAUCUCAACUCUUCAGAAGUAUAGAGGAAAGCAGAAACAUUUUCAAACAUGGCCGGUUAGUAUCAGAACCACUAUGACUUUUUUUUUUUUUUUAAUAGGUUUUAAGUUGAGACAAUUUUGCUUCAUUUUUGACUAGACAGAUUAUUUUGUGGUAUUAUUUCUUUUGUUUACAGUUUCAGUUUAAACGUGUAAGCUAUUUGGAUCAGUUUGCCAGUUGCACUCGUUUAGGUUUUACAUCUGUCUUGAUUGAUUGUGUUCGGAUUAUUUUUAAAUGCUUGUGAGUAUUCUUAAAAAUGUUUGGUGCCUUUAAUGUUUAAAAAAAAAAAAAAAAAAAAAAAAAAACGAGCAUUAUUGGGACUCAGAUGCUGUUUACACCUGAUCGUUUCACGAUUGUAUCCUGAUGCGAUUUGAAGCGUUUACACUUCAGAUUAAAAUCUGAAUUCUCUGCAAAUCAGCGCAUUUCAUUCGACUGCCAACUUCUUCUUGUUCCUUAUGUUCUGUUGCUUUGGUGUUAACCUGGUGAUGUGGACGUAUUUAACACUCAGAAAACUUUUACACCUGCACAUUUCUACAUAAAAUAAUCCGGAUGCAUGAAAUGAUGAGGCGUAAACAAAGUCCAAGGCUAGUUUAACCUACUCCUACUACAAAGCUACACUGCAAGACUCGAUGACAGAAGCUUCUGAGCCACAACAGUGCGCCAAAUAAAAUGUGCAAUAGGUAUGUUUACUAUAGUCUCAGUUAGCUCCUGAAAAUCUAGCUGUGGUGCCGUUUCAGCAGCUUGUGAUCGAGGUUUCGUAGGAAAUGUGUAAUUAGGUCUUGGUGUCUGAUUAUGAUGUUCGUAUGAGGAGAUCCUCCCAGCUGUGGCUAUUCUACAGUACCAUGGUGUGUGUCAGUUUGUACACAGUUAGCACAUGAACAACUACAGCUUUUGUUUUGUGCAGUUUCUGUCUCAGUGCGACUCUCUGUGUAUGCAAUACAAUAAAGGUCCUUUUCUAAA